AUGUCCGACGCUGAAGGGCCCGCCAAGCGCCCUCGCACAGAGGAGGAUUCCAUGAACGACGCGAGGGGCUCCAGAGGACCCAACACGCGCGGCAAGUUCCAGGGUCGUGGCGGUCGCGGAAAGAGCUACGGCCAGCGCGGAGGCGGCUACAAGGGCCAGAACCGGGGAGAGCGGAUGAAGGACAAGGGCCGCGACCGCGGGCGGUUCCCCACCAAGCCGGCGAAGAAGGAAAUGAACGAGGAGGACAUGAUGAACGCCGAGACGGAGACCAUCAAGAAGGUCGAGGUCGAGGAUGGCGAGCCCAAGGAGAAGCGCCUGCCGAAGAAACGCGCUGCCGUGCUCGUCGGAUACUGCGGCACUGGGUACCACGGGAUGCAGAUCCAGCCCCACGACCCGCUCACGAUCGAGGGCGACAUCUUCGCGGCCCUUGCAAAGGCUGGCGCCGUGUCGCCCGAGAACGCCGUCGAUCACAAGAAGGUCGACGUGCAGCGUUCUGCCCGCACGGACGCGGGCGUGCAUGCCGCCGGUAACUGCAUCUCCCUUAAGAUGAUCCUCGACCCCCCUGUCCCUCCCGAGUUCCCAGACCUCACGGCCUACGUCAACUCGUUCCUCCCUGCCCAGAUCCGGAUGUGGGGCUUUGUGCGCGCCAUGAAGUCGUUCCAGGCUCGCACGGCCUGCGACUCGCGCGUGUACGAGUAUCUCCUCCCGUCGUACUGCCUUCUGCCUCCGGCGUCCAGCGACCCCUUCGCACAGGUGCUCGACGAGACCUCGCCGGGGUGGCGCGACAUUGUCAAGUCUGGCCUCGAGUUUGUUGAUGCUGCUCCUCCUAUGGAGGAGCCUGCCGAGGGUGAGGACUACGACCCCAAGCAGCGUGGCGAGUUUGAGCGCCGUCGCGGGUGGCGCGUCGACGAGGACACGCUCAAGCGCUUCGACGACCUCAUCCAGCAGUACAAGGGCACGCACAACUUCCACAACUACACGGUGUACAAGCCAUUCAACGACCUAUCCGUCAAGCGGUACAUGAUCAGGCUGGACGUGCGGCCGCCCGCGGUGUACGGCGAGAUCGAGUGGAUCUCGGUGCAGAUCCACGGUCAGAGCUUUAUGCUACACCAGAUUCGUAAAAUGAUCUCGAUGGCCAUCCUCGCCUGCCGCAGUGGCACGCCGCCCUCGCUCCUCCCUGAGACGUUCGGCCCGAAGCGCAUCCACAUUCCCAAGGCGCCACCUCUUGGUCUGCUGCUCGAGCAGCCCCAGUUCAAGGUGUACAACGAGCGCACGCGCUCGAUCCCCAACCCGGACGGCGAGCCGCGCGAGUUGGUCGACUUCAAGAAGCACGCCGACGAGAUGCACGCCUUCAAGGUCAAGUGGAUCUACGACGCGCUGCGCCAGACUGAGCUCGAGACCAACACGUACCACAAGUGGCUCAAGCAGAUUGACCACGGCAGUUCACGCGACUUUACGUACCUCAACACGCGGGGUGUGAUUCCGGACGAGGCGUUGCAGAACCUCACGAGCAAGAAGUAUGGCGGGCCGGGCGGGCAGCCGAACAAGCGGGCGCGUGCCGGUGAGGAGGGCGAGGGCGUGGGCGAGGGCGAGGAGGAGGAGGUGGAUGAGUUGGAUGACAGCGAUGACGAGGACAGGGCGAUUGACCGCAAGGCUCUGCAGAAGGGCGAGUUUGACAGCUGA